CGGAAGUUCCCGAACGAGCUUUUUUGGGAACUUGAGGAACAGGCAUGACUUGCCGCAAACACAGUUUCGUGCACAUUCAUCAUAGAAGCGCCUGUCGAUAACUAUCAGUUCGCCAUGUAGGACGAAUGUGAAAUUAGGAUUGCCAAUCAGUGAAUACAUUUGAGCAGUAAAUAGAUCCUAACGCAUCCUAGCCUACAGGAGCCAAAGGGAAACAUUAGGGCACAACUACUACCAACCUGCUCUCUUCCACAUACAAGAUGAAUCCUGGAGAUUCUAAAGGACCCGUUCAGGGAGGUUUCGGUGAAGACUCUAUCUCGGGAAGUAAGCAGACUUUGAGUCCAAAAGCGGUCAACCAACUUUUGUUGGAGUUCCUGAUGUACUGCGGUAGAGCGCUAUUAGUGUUUUAUCCGGUAUAUUUGACUGGAUAUUUAGGACUCAGCAUUAGCUGGAUCCUGUUGUGCACAGCGAUAAUCACUUGGUGGACGAAAAACAGCAAGAGAAAAGAUAUCCGAAUUGGCACGGCAUUGAACUUUCUGGAUAAUGAAACUCACUUGAUCCAAAAGCAAUUGAAAUCCUUGAAUAUGGCAAGUUGGGUACACUUCCCUGAAGUUGAGAAGGUUGACUGGCUCAACAAAAUCUUGAUGCAGGCUUGGCCGUUCUUUGGCGCAUACAUGGAGAAGCUCCUCAAAGAGAAGAUCCAGCAGUCCAUUAGAUUAUCCAGCCCAUACCUCAAAACAUUCACUUUCAAAAAUGUCAGCUUUGGCCAAAAGCCUCUCAAAAUCACUGGAGUUCAAGUGUACACCCAUGAAGUGGACAGAAGGGAGGUGGUUUUCGACCUGCACAUAAGUUAUGAUGGGGAUGUGGACAUUGAUUCUGAGGUGAAACCAGCCAUCAAUGCUGGGCUGAAAAGUAUCAAGCUUCAAGGCAUGUUACGUGUCAUUCUGGAGCCUCUGAUUGCACAAGCCCCGUUGGUGGGAGGAAUCACAAUGUUCUUUAUUCGCCGUCCGACCCUCCAAAUCAACUGGACCGGGAUGACCAACCUUCUUGAUGCUCCAGCUCUAAGUCACCUGUCUGAGACAGCCAUCAUUGACAACAUUGCCUCCUUUAUGGUCCUGCCAAACCGCAUGUGCAUCCCCUUCAUAGACCAGGUCAAAGUGGACCAGAUGAGAUUCCCUUUGCCUCGUGGGGUUGUGAGGGUACACUUGCUGGAGGCCCGGGACCUGAUGGCAAUGGAUAUCUAUAUGUUGGGAAUGGGUAAGGGAAGUUCUGACCCCUAUGCCGUGCUUCGGGUCGGGACCAUAAGCUUCAAAAGCAAGACUGUCAAGAAGAAUCUCCAUCCACGCUGGGAUGAGAUUCGCGAGUUUGUUGUACACGAGGCCCCAGGGCAGGAGUUGGAGAUAGAGGUAUAUGACGAGGACACUGACAAGGAUGACUUCCUUGGCAAGUACCGUCUGGACUUCGGAGAAGUUAAGAAGCAUAAGGAGAUCGAUAAGUGGUUCCGCCUGGAGGACGCAACAAGUGGAGAGAUUCAUCUCAAACUGCAGUGGCUCUCUUUACACACCGACCCAGGACGUGUAAUGACGCAGACAACUGGGGACAGUUCUUGUGCUAUGCUUGCUGUGUACCUGGACAAUGCCUCCAAUCUACCAAAAGACCAAACUGAGUUCAAUCAUAAAAGGGAUGGGAAGCAGACCAAAGAGCACAGGGUCAAGCGAAAAGCCACCAAUCCCAACUCUUAUGCGAGAUUAUCCAUUGAUCAGCAGUGUCUGAAAAGCAAGGUGGUGUAUGCCUCCAAAGACCCUGUGUGGGAGCAGUGCUUUACCUUCUUUGUUCAAAACAUAGAAAACCAGCAACUGAAUGUCCAGAUCAAAGAGCAUGAGAAGAAGACUUUACUUGGCACACUUAAUGUGCCCCUCAGCCGGCUCCUCAAUGCUUCAGAUAUGACCUUGGACCAGCUCUUCCACCUGGAGCUCUCCGGAGCCAACAGCCAGAUCAAGAUGAAGGCCACUCUGAGGAUGCUGGCUCUGGAGAAACCAGAACCAAAGGCUGUUUCCGAUUCUACGCCUAAAGUACAAGCUCAGCCGUUACAAAAACCUCCCGCUCCUAAUUUAGUCCCCUCUUCAACUCUGACUUCUGCUCCCUCUUCUUCAGUUGCUCCACCCUCUUCUGACCCCUCCUCUUCCUCCAUCUCUACUCCCUCUUCCUCCCUUUCCCACCCCUCUACCACCCUUACUGCCGCAGUUCCAGCCACCUCCACCAAUGGCUUCCACGAAGACGACAUGACCCGCAGCCAAGGUACUCUCCUGGCUGCAAAUGGCCGCAGAACAGCCCCUUCCACACCAGCACACAUGCGGCGAUACGACUCACAAAGCCUCCUGUCAGAGAACUCCAUCGCUUCAUCCCGUUUCGACCUGUCGGACAAAGCCCCCUAUCCUGACUACAUCAUGAGCCAUGUGGGGACCUUUGGGGAGAUCAAUAUGACAUUGCGUUAUACCGCCCUGAGGAAUCGUCUCAUUGUCAUGGUCCACUCCUGCAGGGACCUGUUUGCUUGCAGUAAAGACGGCUCAGAUGCCUACGUCCGCCUUUACCUCCUCCCUGACCAGUCCUGGAAGCACCGCAUGAGAACACAGGUGAAGAAGAAGACCGUGACCCCUGCCUUUAAUGAGAAGUUUGAGUUCAAUGUAUCUCUGGCGGAUGCAGGGACCAGGAAGCUGGAUGUGGCAGUCAAAAACAAUCGGAUGUUCCACACACGGGAGAGAAAUGAAAUUGGAAUGGUACUAAUCGAUCUGUCUCAGAUAGACCUAGCAAAAGGUGUAACAGAAUGGUUUGAACUCACACUACCUGGAAUGAAGAAAACUGUCUAGAGGAAAUAUCUUCACUUCUCAACCAAUGGCAAUGGGUGCAGCAUGUGUGUGAGGGGCUCAGUAAAAAAUUUAAUAAACUACAGUGGAUAUACAGAGUUCUGCCAACCUCAUAUACAGGAGAUCUCAAAGGGAUUCACCACCCUUGGACUAUUCCAAUUUUAUUGUGUUACGACAUUAAGUAAUUUAAUUAGUUUUUUUUGCCUCUGAUCAACAAAAAACAUUUCCAUAAUGUUAAAGUGAAAAAUAAUUUGGGAGGCUGUGGAAAGAGAUUCUAUGAUCAGAUGAGACCAAAAUAGAGCUUUUUGGCUGCACAUUAUCCUGAGAACACCACAAUCCCUUCAAUGAAGCAUAGUUGUGCAGCAUUAUGAUAUGGUGAUGCUUCUCAGCAUCAGGGCCUUGAAAGCUGGUUAGGAUGUAGGGCAGAAUGGAUGCAGCAAAUUACAGAGAAGUCCUGGAAGAAAACCUGCUAAAGUCUGCAAGCGACCUUGGACAGCAGGACAAUGACCCCAAACAUACAGCUAAAGUCACAAUAGUGGCUUAAAAACAAAAAGAUCAAAGCCCGGACCUCAGUCCAAUUAGGAAUAUGUGGAAGGUCUUGAAAAUAGCUGCAAAAGAUUUCUUCCCCCAACAUGACGAAGGCUGAGGAAUUUUACAGAUGAGCAGUGCUCUUAGAGGCUUAUCAAAGUAGACUCAUGGCUGUAAUUGCUGCCUAAGGUGCAUCCAGCAAAUGUUGACUAAAGGGAGUGAAUACUUAUGCAAUCAGUUAUUUUCGGUUUUCUAUUUGUAAUUAAUUUAGAUUUUUUUUUUAAAUGAAUGUUGUAACACAAGAAAUUGUGGAAAGGUCCGAGGGGAGUGAAUACUUUCGAGAGCAGCUGUAAACUGCAUUGACACAAAGCCAGGCUUUUUCUAUACUAUCAUUUUCUUAGGUCAUUCCUCUCAGGGUUGCAAAAGUUGUGAUAUUACACCAAAGGUCAAAAGCAAAAGAAAAUUGCAUAUUUAAUAUAGUUUUAUCUGUUGGUAGUCAAAAUGCCCAAUUUUGCACAGAUAUUUUUAUGUUUGAAUGUCUAGGAUACGGGUGCUCUUAAUAUGAAUGUAGAGGUAAAAAAAAAAUCUUUGAAGGUCAAUCUUGUUCCAGGUAUUUUGUAUCUUAUUGCAAUAUUAUUUAUAUUUUUCUCUCCUGAAUUAAAGCAAUAUGUUAACAUUGUAUGUUAUCUUGUGAUGUGAUUCACUACCUCGUAUAGUCUACCUUGGCUAGUUCUCUUUUUUUCUUUUUUUCCUUGUUUAUUUCUUUUAAUAAAAUGAUUAAAAUGGGUGAUACAUUAUGUAACCCAUGUUAGGGUUUUGUCCAAUACGGAUCAAAAUACCUUUAAAGGUUGUUUGGUUUUGAAUCCAAUGUCCUAGAAUACAGAAAUAAAAAAAUUGUCACUGUCAAAA